AUGGUUGAAUACAAAGUAAAGGUGACUACAGGGGACGGUCUAUUCUCUGGCUCAUCUGACUACAUUUAUGUCACACUGAUUGGAACAGAGGGGGAAAGUGAGCGCACUAACCUUGACAACUAUGGCCUAGAUUUCAUGACUGGGAUGACAGGGACCUACACUGUGACCAACCCCUCGUCUCUGGGGCGCCUCCUCCUGGUCAAGCUGGAGAAAGAGCAGUACCUGUUCCUGCCGGAAAAUGAGUUGUUCUGCUCCAAGGUUGUCGUGACGACGCCCGAGGCCAGGAAGAUUUUUGAGGAUGAGCUCCCUCUACUGGUGGACCAUCGUAAAAAGGAGCUGGAGCUUCACAAGAAACUGUUCCAGUGGCUUGUGUAUGCCGAGGGAGUCACCCACAUCAAUAACGCCACUGAAGUCUCAGCCCUCCCUUCUGAAGUUCAAUUUUCUUUCUCCAAAAUGUCAGAGUUUAUCUACACCAAAGCUGCAGCUAUAGCUGAGCUCAAACUGAAAUGCCUGGUGAACUCCACCGAGCAGUGGAAAGACCUGGAGAUGAUGAAAACUGUUUUCUGGAAAAAUAGAACACCCAUUUCAGAAUAUGUUUCUGAGCACUGGAAGGAGGAUGACUUUUUCGGGUCCCAGUUUCUGAUUGGAUCCAACCCCAAUGUGAUCCAGCGCUGCACAACGCUUCCCCUCAACUUCCCUGUCACAGAUGAGAUGGUACAGCCCUUCCUGAAGGACGGGAGUUCCCUGGCGAUGGAGAUGCAGGAAGGAAACAUAUUCCUUUGCGACUACAAGAGGCUUGAGGGUGUGCCAACCCGGGUGGUCAAUGGUAAACCAUUGCCCCUCACGGCUGCCCUCUGCCUGUUCUACAAGAACCCAGAGGACAAACUGCUGCCUAUCGCCAUCCAGCUGGAGCAGCAGCCCUCUCAGCAGAACCCUAUAUUUCUGCCUAGCGACUCGAAGCACGACUGGCUGCUAGCCAAGAUCUUUGUGAGGAACGCAGAUUUCUCCGAGUACCAGAUCAGCUACCAUCUACUGGGCACUCAUUUACUGGCAGAGGCCUUCACUAUGGCAACCUUCCGGAGCCUUCCUAUCAUACACCCUCUCCACAAGUUGCUGAUACCCCACUUCCGUUACACCCUGCAGAUCAACCUUUUUGCGCGAAAAAGACUGCUUAGUCCUGAUGGACCCUUAGCAAAUGGUGCUAUGGGACAGGAGGGGUUGAGGGAACUCAUGAAAAGGGCACAAUCAGAAAUCACCUACAGCUCCCUCUGUCUGCCGGAGAACAUUGUUGCACGAGGACUGGAGUCCAUCCCCAACUUCUACUACAGGGAGGACGGCCUGAAGCUGUGGAAGAUCAUCAACAGCUUUGUCCAGGGGAUGGUGGAGCACUUCUACUCCUCUGACAGUGAAGUGUCCAGGGACUCUGAGCUUCAGGACUGGAUCAACGAGAUCUUCAUCCAUGGGUUCCUUGGAAACAACAAGUCAGGAAUCCCUAAGCGAUUUGACAAAGUGGAGGAAGUUGUCAAAUUCAUUACCAUGAUUAUCUUCACUGUGUCAGCUCAACAUUGUGCCCUCAAUAUGGGGCAGUUUGACUACGGUGGUUGGGUACCCAACAACCCCCUGUUACUGCGCAAAGCUCCUCCCACCAUGAAGGGGAGAUCUAGCAUGAAAACCAUUUUGGAAGUACUGCCAAACAUCAGCACUACUGUCAACAACAUGGCUUCCGCAUGGCUGCUCAGCAAGAGAUACUCAGACAUAAUUCCCCUUGGUACAUACCCAGAUCAACACUUUGAUGAGGCUGUCCCAAUGCAGAUUAUUAAGCAGUUCCAAGCAAAGUUGUCCUACCUCAGUCGAUCAAUCAUUAAGAGGAAUGCCACACUUACACUACCCUAUAACUACCUGAACCCUGCCGAGAUGGAGAAUAGUGUAUCCAUAUGA